ACACUGUCUUCUUCCACAGAUGGAGAGAAGUCCUGUGAUUACCUGGCUAUUCCAUAUCAGGAUCGUUUCGCUGCUGCUGCUGCUGUCGCUGCUGGACAUCGGCUUCAUCGCGUUCGCGUACCACUCGACGGUGAAGCGCGGCGCCUCGGUGCAGCUGGUGUUCGGCUUCGAGUACGCCAUCCUGCUGACGGUGGUGGCGUACGUGCUGGUCAAGUACCUGCUGCACGCCGUCGAUCUGCAGCGCGAGGCGCCCUGGGAGAACAAGGCCGUCCACCUGCUGCAUACGGAACUGCUCAUCGGGUUCGUGAAGGUGGUGCUGUACAUGGUGUUCACGCUGAUCAUGGUGAAGAUCCACACGCUGCCGCUGUUCGCCAUCCGGCCCAUGUACCUGGCGCUCAGGUCAUUCAAGAAGGCGCUCAGUGACGUCAUAUUGUCAAGAACGCGCCAUUCACAAUAUGAACACGCUCGGGCCGGUGCCAAGAAGCUGCCCUGCAACCACGUGUUCCACGCGCUCUGCCUGCGCUCGUGGUUCCAGCGGCAGCAGACGUGCCCCACGUGUCGGAUGGACAUCCUGCGCGCGCCGGCGCCGCGGCAGAUCGUGUUGCGAGAGAGCGGUCCGAGCGUGUUGGUCCAUGGUGCGUUGUACCCGAUAUUGCGGGCCGUCGGCGCACGGCGCACAACAUGGGUGGGACGACGCGUCUGA